UCUCGUGUAAAUGGUCCGAUAUCUUGCUUUGGAAAACUAGGCCGAAAAAUUGUUCAGUCUCAAGAAAUCAUAUUUUCAUUUAGCUAUUCAGCGGCUUCCAGAGGUGGGACUGAUGUAUCUCGAGGCCAGUUUCCUGCCUUUCUUUUCAGUACAAUGUAGUUUUAGUUCUUAAGAAACAUAAUUCGCUGAUUUCCUAGGAAGUAUCAAGAUAUGGUUAACCGUUAGCCGUGAAACAACCAAACAUUUUACUCGUUAAACGCAAAGAGAGGACGUCUUUGACCUUAAAUCUGUCGAGAAAUUAACCGUAAUUUUCUGUUUCACUUAGUGUCAACAGUCAAACAGAGAAUAUCGAUAUCGCUUGUAAGGAUUUCACGGACUUGUCCCGCGGCUGAUGCAGCCUAUUUUAGUUUUUACCUCUAGUCAUCUUGGAAAGCUUUUGAAAAGGCCCCACCUUUUGAAAACUUUUUUUUUUUUUCACGUCAGGCGUGGACUCUAUACUUUAAAUAAUAUCAUUACGAUUUAGGCUAUUGCAUUGCAAUUGAAGUUAAUUGACUAUGUACUCGCAAUCCUCGGUAGCAAGUUUUGCAAAAAAAGUGUAUUAAUAAAGCGGAACAGCUUGUAGAAAAGAAAAAAAAUCCCAUAUGUAGCAAGAAUGACACAUUCAACUAGAAUUGCAGGCUCCUUGCACAAGUGUAUAACAAAAACUACAAGUAUAGUAAAGAUAACAGACAAACGAAACAAAAGAAAAAGAAAAAAAAAAACUUUAAACUACUCUCCCUCCUAAGGAAAGAAUGUGUAAAUGUAUAUCGCUCACCGUCAAUCUUAAUAAUGCUCUCUUAAAAAGGUGAAUUUUGUGGCGGCAAUAAAAAGAUUUUCCGGUGAAUGGCGAUAUCAAUUUGUGCAUUCGUUAAAUCAGUAUACUUUAAGGUUUCUUCGUUUUGUCUUUUGUCUUUUUUUUUUUUUUUUCAAUCCCAGACACAAUCAGAUGGGUAUUAGCGAAGGUCGAGCAACUUUUCUGUUCUGUGGUACUGCCCGCCCGGGGUUUUAACUUCAUGCAGUCUCACGCUCCGAUCCGCAGACCGGCACUCAUGGGCGGCGUUCAGUUUCCUUCAGUCAUUCAGCCGUAGAAAAUACUAUUUAAAAUUGAAAUUUAUUAUAGAUUUUGAAGCCUCUAUUAACAAAGGAAUAUAUUAAACAAAAUUUUGAAGGCUUGUCUACAUUUUCCUUUAAAUUGAAACCUCGAAACUAAAAAAGUAUGGGUACCCUGUGUUUCGUGCAAUCUCGGGCAGACUCAGAAGCAUUAUCAAAUUUGUUGCUUGAGAGGAAAGGAAGUUCGUGAGUUGUGUUGACGUUUAAACUUAAAGCUACUUGGUAAUCAGAAUGGCUGCAUUUGAUGAUAACUGGCAGAA